UUGGGUUUGAAGUUUGAAGUUUUUCUACUCUUUUCGGAACAAAAACAAAAUCAGAAUCAGAGACAAUUUUUUUUUAGGUGAUAUUUGCCUAUUUGAGUUUUUCCAUUUGCCUAUUAAAUCUGAGGUGCCAGAAACAACCCUACUUUGCUCAGAGCAAAAUUUCAUCAAAUGUAACAAUAUGGAUAUAACAAACACAAUAUUGAAUUCAUGUCCUCUAAUAACUGAAGAGAAUUUUUCUAAUGUAACCAAUAUGAAGAUAGAAAUGGAGGAAAGCAAUGAAGAUUCAUAUAGGAAUGCAACUCGUGCAUUAAUAAAAAAUAUAAUAAUUCCAAAUGAAUACACAAACUGUAGAAAUAAUUCUAUACCUCGUAGAUUAGAGACAAAUAAAUUAAGAACAACGGAAGCAUUAAGAAUUUCGAGAUCAGAUAUUGAUGUAAGAAAUAGUGUAGUAUUAAAUGAAUACUUACCAAUUUUGAAGAGCACUAAUGUGACUACUCAACUUAUAAAGACAAUAUAUAGAGAAAAGACUAGAGAAAAGUCUAAAAAAAAGAAAUCAAAAUUUGAAACAGCAGGUCCUUCAAGAGUAGACUGUGAAUUAUUGCAUAGAGAUUUGCAAAAUUCAUGGCAACCAAUAAUUAAUUGUCCUGAGCCGCUCCCUACAAAUAUUCUGGAAAAUAUAGAGGAAAAUAUAAAUACACAGUGUGAACUACCAAACCUAACAGUUAAAGAGGAAGUCAUUGAGACUGCUGAAAAUGUUCUGGAUCUAAAUGAAUCAACUCCUCAAUUUGAAGUAAAUAGAAAUAUUGAAAAAAGGAGUGGUUCUCCAUUUGAGAAAAUUCAAAUAAAAAGAGAAAAAUUGGAUGAUGAAGAUUUCUCAGAUAAUCAAAUAUACAUAAAAAAUGAACUACCAAAUCUAACAGUUAAAGAGGAAGUGAUUGAGACGGUUGAAAAUGUUCUUGAUCUAAAUGAAUCAACUCCUAAAUUUGAAGUAAAUAGUGAUAUUGGAAGAAGAAGUAGCUCCCCAUUCAAGGACAUUGAAAUGAAGAGAGAAAAAUUAGAUAAUGAAGAUUUCUUAGAUAAUCAAAUAUACGUCAAAAAUGAAAUACAUGAAGUUGUUGAUGAUUGUUCUUUUCCAAAUACUAAUGAUAUCAAAGAAGAGAUAGUUACAUCUAACAAUAUGAAUAAUAAUAAAAUACAUCCUCAUUAUUGCUUAUCAUCGCUUAAGAUCUGUUGUUUAUGUGAUGUUUACAUUGAAGAUAUAAAGGAUCAUGUGGAUAAGAAACACAGGAAUGGCAUAUUUUUUUCCUGUCCCUUCUGUGAAUCGGAUACAAGAUAUAGUAUCAGAAAAUAUAGUUAUGAAUCCAAGAAACACAAAAAACAUUGCUCUUGUUAUUGCGAGUUUUGUGAUCAGAAAUUUCCCAACUGGUUGGAGACAAGUGAGCAUACAAGUGACGUACACAAUAAUCAGGUUAACAAGCAAUGCACCAUGUGUAGUUACGAAGCCCCCUUCUACAGCAACCUACUCGUUCAUAUACUCUGCUGUCAUAACGGACAGACACUAAUAGAUAACUGUCAGUAUUGUGAUUUUGCUACCCUGAAUCCUGCACUAAUGCAGAUGCAUGUAGCCGCAAAACAUCAAAUUGUCCAAGAACCUUCAGCACAAACAGAUCAACCAUUCAGAAGUUAUGUGAAAAAAGUGAUGGUUAAGUGUCCUAUCUGUGACUGCCAUUUGAGUAGUAAACGUUACCUGAAGAAACAUAUGAGUUUCAUGCAUUCAAAACGAGAUGUAUCAACUUGAUCGAUUUUAACAUCUACCAAAUGGAAAAACCAUGUCAAGCAAAACAUAUUGACAAUGUUGGGUCAAAUACCUCUUGGUUAAGGUAAAUAUAAUUUUCCAGUCCAAUUACGUUGAAAUGUAAUUCAUUGUGUAAUUAUUUGUGUUCUGUGAUGUAAUUGAAGGUUGGGUAAUCCUGCAGAAUCUACAAGUGGCAGUGUCUCAGAAUGCGCACGCGGCGACAAUGUCAUUUAUGAGUUAUUGUUGCCAAAAUGUGCACACACUGUAUCUGCGUAAAUGAUUGGAAUAAAUUGAAUUUCAUUUCAUAGUGGAUCUUAAGCUCAUCUAGAUAAGAACUAAGCAUCGGAAACAUACAUUAUUAAAUUUCACUUUGGCAAAAAAUAUGGAUACAUUCUCCAACUUUUCCAAUCUGGCAACAUAGCUGCGAAUUCUACGUAACUCAAGGACAUCCCAAGGUCACCUGUAGAUUCUGCCAAUUUACCGAAAGUUUAAUUGGUUGAGGGAAAUCACAUACACCUUGCAAUAUUUUUUUUUUUAGAUAAGAAUAUUAUACGAUUCGCAAAUAAUCAUCUCCAAAGAUUAAAGUUCAGUCAGAGUAUUAUAAUUCAAUUUUAUGAAUAGAAAAAAUAAUAUUAUAUGAAUAAAUAAAUUUGUAUUGAA